AGGUGUCCUGCGGGAGGCGUCCCCGCGCGGCCAGCGGAGGCGCCCGGGGCGGCGGGAGCUGUGCGCCGCGGUGCGCGGAGGGGCAUUUUCCUCCCCACGCCCUGCGGGCUUCGGCUCUGCCUCCCGCCUCGGCUCCGGCUGCCUGAACCAUGUCCGCGAGAGUGGCCCACCCGCAGGACCCUCACCACCCAUCAGAGAAGCCCGUCAUUCACUGCCAUAAAUGUGGGGAGCCGUGCAAGGGCGAAGUGCUCCGGGUGCAGACCAGACAUUUCCACAUCAAAUGUUUUACCUGCAAAGUGUGUGGCUGUGACCUGGCCCAAGGGGGCUUCUUCAUAAAGAACGGGGAGUACCUCUGCACCCUGGACUACCAGCGGAUGUACGGGACACGCUGCCAUGGCUGCGGGGAGUUCGUGGAGGGCGAGGUGGUGACUGCCCUGGGCAAGACCUACCAUCCCAACUGCUUUGCUUGUACAGUCUGCAAGCGCCCGUUUCCACCUGGAGAUCGAGUCACGUUCAAUGGGAGAGACUGCCUUUGUCAACUGUGUGCACAGCCGAUGUCUUCCAGCCCCAGCGAAGCCGCCUGCUCCGGCAACUGCGCUGGCUGYGGAAGAGACAUCAAGAAUGGGCAGGCGCUGUUGGCGCUGGACAAGCAGUGGCACUUGGGGUGCUUCAAAUGCAAGUCCUGCGGGAAGGUCCUCACUGGGGAGUACAUCAGCAAGGAUGGCGCCCCAUACUGUGAAAAGGACUACCAGGGGCUCUUUGGUGUGAAAUGUGAAGCUUGUCAACAGUUUAUCACAGGGAAAGUCCUGGAGGCAGGUGACAAACAUUAUCACCCCAGCUGUGCACGAUGCAGCAGAUGCAACCAGAUGUUCACAGAAGGAGAAGAGAUGUAUCUUCAAGGGUCCACCGUUUGGCAUCCCGACUGUAAGCAAUCUACCAAGACAGAGGAAAAACUGCGGGUUUCAUGGCAGCCACCAAACAUCCACCGCUCUUCCUCCGAUUUCUUUUAUCCCAAAAGUCUGAUUCGCCGCACAGGACGGACUCCGUCUCUGCAGCCAACCAGGACCUCUUCAGAAAGUAUUUAUUCCAGACCAGGAUCCAGCAUCCCUGGUUCACCAGGUCACACUAUCUAUGCAAAAGUAGACAACGAAAUCCUGGAUUACAAGGAUUUAGCCGCCAUCCCCAAGGUCAAGGCAAUUUAUGACAUUGAACGUCCUGAUCUCAUUACCUAUGAGCCUUUCUACACCUCGGGCUAUGAUGACAAGCAGGAGAGACAGAGCCUUGGAGAGUCUCCAAGGACUUUGUCUCCUACUCCAUCAGCAGAAGGCUACCAGGACAUUCGGGAUCGGGUGAUCCAUCGCUCCACCAGCCAGGGCUCCAUCAACUCCCCUGUAUACAGCCGCCACAGUUACACUCCAACCACUUCGCGCUCUCCCCAGCAUUUCCACAGACCUGAGCUUUUGUCUCCUGGUGUGCAGAGGGUGUCCCACCCKCGCACCAGCAGCUUCAGCUCCACCCACAGCGACUCCCGCCCCAACCCCCCCUUCCGACACCACUUCCUUCCCCAUGUCAAAGGCAAUGAGCCGUCCAGCGGCCGGAACUCCCCUCUCCCUUACCGGCCCGACAGCCGCCCUCUAACUCCAACUUACGCUCAGGCCCCUAAACAUUUCCAUGUUCCAGAUCAAGGGAUCAACAUUUACCGAAAACCACCCAUCUACAAACAGCAUGAUGCAGCUGCUUUGGCAGCCCAGAGCAAGUCCUCAGAAGAUAUCAUCAAGUUUUCCAAGUUCCCAGCAGCCCAGGCACCAGACCCCAGCGAGAUACCAAAGAUUGAGACGGACCACUGGCCUGGUCCCCCCUCACUUGCCGCCGUAGGAACUGACAUGAGACGCAGAUCUAGUGGCAGAGAGGAAGAUGAGGAGGAAUUCCUGAGACGCCGGCAGCUUCAAGAAGAGCAGUUAAUGAAGCUUAAUUCAGGCCUAGGGCAGUUGAUACUGAAGGAAGAGAUGGAGAAGGAGAGCCGGGAGAGAGCAUCCUUGUUAGCCAGCCGCUAUGAUUCUCCUAUCCACUCAGCUUCCUACGCUCCAUCAUCUAAAACCUCAUCUCUUCCUGGCUAUGGAAAAAAUGGGCUUCACCGGCCCGUUUCCACAGACUUUGCUCAGUAUAACAGCUACGGAGAUGUCAGCGGGGGAGUGCGAGACUACCAGACCCUCCCGGAUGGCCACAUGCCUGCAAUGAGAAUGGACCGGGGCGUAUCCAUGCCCAACAUGUUGGAACCAAAGAUAUUUCCAUAUGAAAUGCUCAUGGUGACCAACAGAGGGCGCAACAAAAUCCUAAGAGAUGUGGACAGAACCCGGCUGGAGCGCCACUUGGCCCCAGAAGUGUUUCGGGAAAUCUUUGGGAUGUCCAUACAGGAGUUUGACAAGUUACCUCUUUGGAGACGCAAUGACAUGAAGAAAAAAGCAAGACUCUUCUAAGUCCCACACAUAAAYGGCAGUUAGAAAAAGGACUGGCAGCGGGGCAAGGCCUGCCGUGUUACACUAAGGCCCAGACUUGAUUGGAGAAUUUAUAGACUGCCAUCCCUCAGCCACGACAAAAAGGGAAAUUCUGGUCCCAACACCCAUGAGCCAAACACUGGGCCAACCCACAGUAACACUUGCCAAGCAGCCAUGGGUAGAAAUUUCUAUGUUUCCAAAAUCAGCAGUAGUGUCCACACGUGACCUUUUCUCAUGACCUCGUGUCCACAACAGGAGCUUCUUUCUUUCUCCUUCUGUUUUCCUUUAACUGUUGUCCACCCUAGUGCUGACUGUGGUGGUAAGAGCCAGCAAGUGCCCUUAGAAUGCCGCACAGGAAGAAACAGUUGUACUAAUUCCAAAGGAUGAAUAUAUUUAUUACGUAGCACUGUGCUAAGCAGGAGUCUGAGGAAUGGGGCCAUGUGGUAGCAGCAGUUGUGCGCAGCUUUUCCUUGCCGGCCUCUAGAAGCUCUGUCUGGGCUCUGGCAGAACAGAAAUCAGGGAACCGGGCAGGUCUGAUCGAGCCUGAAUUUCAGCAAAAAGUGAUUUUUAACAAGCUCCUUGUUCUCUUUGUUUGCUGGGACCUGGUUGGCAAAUUGCUUAGCCAUUACUAGAAUUUUUUGAAAGAGGAAAGAAAGGAAAAGGAAAAGGAAUGAAGGAAACCCUCCCUGAACUCUUUUUCUGCUUCAAAUAGUGUAAUGAUUCUUCCUUCUCACCAAGGACAGGAGGUGGCCUGGGCUCCACCUUCACAAAGAAAGGAGAGACAAGAAUUGUCUUCCGACUGGCCCAGUUGCAUGCAGCGAGGUGAUUUUUGUCUAUGGGUCAUAUCCCUCUUAGCAAAAACAAAAACAAAAUCCAUGUUCUGCCCCAAAUGCAACUUCUCAUGCUCAGCGUCCCCUAUAAACUGUCUGGCAUCCUCUGAAUCCAAUCAAACCCAUGCUGAUUUUGCUUUUUAAGGUCUUUUCAGUAGUAAGUUAAGGAAAGGCAUGUUUUCCUCUUAAAUAUCUGCAACUCCAAAGUAGAUUACAUCCAAUCAAUUUAAUUUGGCCUUCUCAGCUUUCCUUGUUGUUUGGCACUGUUAACUUCAGUGUGAGUGUGUGCACGUGCGUGCCUGUGCGUGGAUACACGCUUAACUCACCCAGGGCCGUUUUGUGAGUCUGCAUGUGCUUUUUAAUUUCUGCUUGAAUGUUUGUCACACUGCGCUGCUGCUUCUAAGGGAUAUUUGGUACAAGUGCAUGUGACUCAAAGAACAAGAGUGAGGCUAAGCUGUGCCCUCAACGUUGCCUCCUUCAUGGGUGAGUGUUGGUGCUUAGAAGCCAGCACUCAGGCUGAGGUAGCUCAUGGCUAGAUCAGGCUGCAGACCACGCAGGUGGGAAGGGCUGGUUUGGAGCUCAAAGCAUCCCACCAGGGUCCUCAUACUCUGCAACUGUCAAUUCAAAUUGGAGCCUAGCCUCAGCACAAUGUUUGGCCUGCUUCUUGCUUUGCCCUGGCAGAGUACAGGGGUGGGACUGUGGUAUAUUGGUAGUGUCUCCCUACCAGUCAUUAACAGUGGUGACCAAGUGGGUCCCAGCACUCAGCUGGUGGAGAGGCUAGUAGAGUCAAUGAAAGACCCACCAUGUCUGUCAUUGAUAAUGAGUCAUCACUCAUGAACAUUUAGGUCAAAUGCCAGUGUGAAAAAAGGUAUUUGGAAACCUGGCCACAAUUAGGUGGUUUUCUAUAUUUUCCAUCUCUUGGUCCACAUGAAAGAGGUCUUGGCUCUGUCAUGAAAGAGGGAAAUUAGACUCCUCCUCUUUAUGUUAGAGACCCAGAGUCAAAGGCUCUAUAGUUACAAUAAUUAAAAAACUGGACCCUAAAUUCUGCUCCCAGUAGUGACACCUGCUCUUUUGUAAUUUUUGAAUUCAGUUCUGCAUCCAACUUGAAAAACAGAAAGCUUCUUUCCAUACCAAGCAUACUAAUUCACUUAAACUAUACCCUUCAAAGAUAAAUUACUAGAAAACAACAGUAGCCUCUUGCCUGUCCUUGGCUACUGGAGACACUCGGAGUAGCUCCCCUACACCAUUCCCUAGCAGAAGGUUCCAGAUGGAAGGAUGGCUUGGGGACAGCCUAGUUCUAACUGCCAGAUCUGCUGUAAGGGCUACAAUGCCUUAUCCAUUUUUGUUAAACUGGGUGCAGCAUGCCUGAUCUUGAAGUGUUCAGGACACAGCACAAUAGAUGGAUGUUCUCCAUUUAACCCUGUGCUGGACCGCACGGGAAAAUUCCAAUUGCUAACACAAAGUUCAUCUCUAGAAAAGGAAUUAUAUACCUGGCAAGCUUGGUGCAUAUCUUAAGGGCUACUUUUUUGAGCAUUUGACUUGUGACUUUGAAGCACGUACUGAUUGCAUGAAGUAGAAGGGGUCUCUAUGACAGUAUGAGUCAGUGCUUCCUUUAAAAUUUCUUCCAGAGAGCUCAGGCCAUCACAAAGUCUUCCUGUGUGAUUUAUUAGGAGAUUUGAAGAGCAUUUGGAAACAUAUACAGCUAGCCAUGCAUCUCCAUUUUGGUUUGGGGUUUGUUAUUAAAUGUUUUUAAUGUGACUUCUUCAAUAACUAAACAUAAGCUGCCUGUUCUCUGAAAUCUCAGAGAGAGAAACUAGAAUUAAUGAGUAACAAGGUGCGGGGAUGGGGGUGAUUUUCUACCUGUACUCUCUGUUCUCCCCUGACCCGAAAGCUGGGGCCUCCCAGCUGAGGCUCCUCUUCUGAAGCACAGGCUGUUGUAGUUCUGUUUUCAACCUUGGUCUCCUCCAUCUCAGCCUGGGAAAGCCCAACCGGUAACAUUUCUAAAACUCUCACCUAAUCUCUUUACAUUUUGAAGCAGACAUCUUUUCCUAAGAAUUGCUUCUGAGAUGAUGAUAUAAAAUAUAUGUGCUUUUGCAAGUUUAAAAGAGUUUAAAUUAACCACUCUCGACUAAGUAAGUCUCUCUAACGAUUGUGUACAGCAGAUUUGGUGUGGUGUUCUGGGGCGUGCGGCAGUUCCAGGUUGUGCCCUAACAGACCCCUGCUUCUGAUUGUCCUGAAAGAUGGUGGAAGGGAAUGAACUCUGUCCCAUCAACCCUUCUGUGUCCUCUGAAGCAAGCACAGAUUUACAAAUCACUUCAUUUGUAUUUCUGGUAGCUAUUUAAUCUGUACUUCAUAUUGCCAGCCCUGAUUUUAUUUGAUUUUAAAGUUAUUCUUCUUCUGAUGAACCAAGUGUUGGUGUACCUUUAAACUUGCUCUUUCAGGCUCCCCUUGGAAGAACCUUCCAGAAAAAAGAGAUCACUUAGGGCUUGAGAUUUGCAAUGAUACCAUCUAACAAUGACAAUGUGCACUAAGUAGAUUCCCCCAACAACCCUGUGAUGGGAGAAAGAGAAAGCUAUACUUUGGCAUUAAAAAAAAAGUCAUUAUCCUUCCAUUUGCUGCCCAGUAAGCAGAGAGAGAUGGUAAUGGAUGUGUUCAGCAUAUAGAUUAUUAUGUUUUUAUUGGGGCAAGUUUAAUUGAUGGUAAACCCAAAAAGAAAGCGGGGGUUUGUCAGUUUAAAUGGAAACUUUCUGAACAGUGAAUGUGUGCACAAUAAAAUUCAAUCCAAAGUUUUCUGCA